CAUCGCGCCUCUGUCAUCGCGGCGAGGAGGAAGAGCCCCGCCGAGCCUCGAGCCACCCGCCGCGUGUCUAAACUCAGGAGGAAUUUACUUUUAACAGAUUCAAAAAAAACUAAAAACUAAAAACGGUGAGUGAGACAAUGCCGGGGACGCGCCAGGUGCUGAACUCACUCCGAUGAUCCGACUCAACAGAGCAAGUGUAACAGGACCCUCCUCUCGUCCGGCCGCUUCAGAACCAUCUGGCAGACUCCACUGCCGGAAACAAGGGGUCGUCCGAUGGAGGCCAAAACUGCAGCCAAGGAGAAGUUCUUCGUCGUCCUGCGCGGCAAGUCGAGGAAAGGCUUCUGCCGGGGAUGCGUCGGCCGCGUGGAGGCGGAGACGCAGCGCGGCGAGCUGAUGGGACUCCUCUACUGCGGCGGCAGCGGCGCCGGCGGCCCCAAGAGCGGCGGCGUCGUGCGGCGCGAGGACACCUACCCCCUGACCCGCCACCAGGCCCAGCUGCUGCUCUUCGUGCCGUCGGCGAGCCGGCGCCUGGAGCUGCUGUGCAACCCGCAGCUGUUCUCGGCCGUCUGCGCGCUGACGCAGGACGACCUGGUGGUGGUGAGGCACAAGAAGGGGCACCUGCCCGGGAUGGUGAGGAACCUGAUGCAGAUCGGGAGGAAGGAGAACAAAGAUGACCUGCACAUGCUGGGCUUUGAGGUGGAGUUCGUGGACAAUGACAACAAUCUUUCAUCCAAGAAGCCCGCUCCUCUGCCGCUGUUCAGUGCCGCAGACAUCGUCCAGGUGGUCCCGUCUUACUCCGUACCCCUCGGACUGCACUGGAGAGACAGCCAGUGUGGAGGGCCAAACAUAAAAACGGUUACACGCAUCAACUCCAUGCCAAACAUUGGAUCUCGUGCACGUCAAGAGAGGGAGAAGCAUGCGGAGCAGAAUGCCGCUCCGAGCCAAAGUCCGAGCACGUCUCGCGUGCCUCUGGAGGUGGGAUCCAUGGUGGAGGUGGUGUCCAACUCGGGGAUCACAGUGUAUGGCGUCGUCCGGUGGUUGGGUGUCCUCGCAGGAAAAAGUGAUGAAUGGGCGGGGAUUGAAUUGGACUAUGAGGUGAACGGCUGCUCUGACGGAAAGUAUGGAAGCCAGAGAUACUUCACCUGCAAAGGGAGCAGAGCUUUGUUCGUUCCUGUCACUAAAUGUAGCCCUGAUAGCAGGUUCGUCUACUCCUCUACAGGGAGGGAGACCCCAAGACCCACCGAAACACCUCCAGUUCCCCCAUUUGAGGACUUAGAGGAGGAUGCAUCACCUAUCCCUGAGUCAGAUGCCUUGUCUUUGUUAGUGGGAAGAAUGAAGGGGAUUCAGGGUCACAUAAACUCCUGCUAUCUUGAUGCCACACUCUUCAGUUUGUUCAGCACAUCUGUGACCUUGGAUCAUAUCUGCCAGAAGCCUGCUGACACGGAGCAACCCAUAACCUGCACUCUGAGAAAAAUAGUCAACCGUUUACGCAGACAAGGAUUUGUGCCAGCUGAGAGUGUGAUGAACUUCCGCAAACAGCUUGGCUGCGACACAUUUCAAACAGAGGAAAAGGACCCAGAGGAGUUCAUCACAGUCCUCUUUCAGAAGGUACUUUGCAUGGAGCCACUGCUCAAGCUCAGAUCGAGGCGUGAAACAUCUCAGGGUGCCUACACCUUUCAGAUCUUUCUAGAAAAGGAGCAGAUGGGACAGAUGCCCACCGUCCAACAGCUGCUCGACACAUCCUGCCUGUCAGGCGACCUCAAAUUUGAAGAGAUGCCAUCCUGUCUAAUUGUUCAGAUGCCGAGGUUUGGAAACAAGUACAAGAUGUUUUCUCACAUCAUUCCCUCCACGGAGCUGGACAUCACAGAUCUUCUAUACAACUCCCCAAGAGAAUGUUUUGUCUGUGGGCAUUUGGCAGAGUACGAGUGUCUUCAGUGUCUACCGGAUCGCAAACUGCAGCCAGGAAGAAGCAAACAGUACUGCACCACCUGCAACACACAGGUGCAUAGUCAUCACAAACGGCAGGGUCACUCCCCCAUAGCACUACAAGUUCCAGCAAAUGUAGCCUCUGACACUCCUGUGCCCAGACACAUGAUGCAGCUGUUUGCCGUGCUCUGCAUUCAAACCAGCCAUUACGUGUCCUUCGUCAAAUACGGCCCUGACCCUCACUCCUGGCUCUUCUUUGACAGCAUGGCAGACAGAUGCGGGGACGAUCAAAGUGGCUUCAACAUUCCUGAGAUCCGGGCUUGUCCGGAGCUGGGGGACUUCCUGUCCCAGUCAGAGGAGGAGCUGACUUGGGCCAACCCCUCCCAGACUCCCGAACUAGUGCGCAGGCUGCUGUGUGACUCCUACAUGUUUUUAUACCAGAACCCAGCCAGGCCACUUUCGAAGCCAAACCAUCAGGAGCCUUAAAUGCACAAGGAUGAGGGCACAAUGUUCUCACAACAGUGUCCUUAUAACCUUGUAACUCUGCCUAAUCAGCAACAUUUUGCGUUGGUUACUACAUCCAAAUAGCAGGAACUGAAGUGGAUGUUUUUUUAAAGUCGUGGAAAGAGAUGAGAUUUCUCAAGAGAAAUAUAACAUUGACUUUGAUAUUUGUCAGCUGAUGUUGGUAUGUAAGGAGAGAAAGGAUAGGCAGUGACAAUAUAACACUUUGCUCUGUCCUGUUCAGAAUUUCCUUCUGUUCCUCUUGAAUGUCUUGUUGGGUAUUUUCCAAUUAUUUAUACUGUUUUUAUUAUUUGAGGAAAUUGUAGCAUCUCUGUGCAAUUGUUUUAUUUUCUGUUACUUUGUAAAUUAAACUUCACUUAAGUAACUUGGUGACAUGCUUAUUUUAUGUUUUACAAUUUUAUUUUUGGAUUACCACUAAACACUCACCGCAGCCUCUCAGAUCUGAGAUCCAUAAUGUAUUAUUUUCACCCCAAAAAAUGUUAAAGGAGCAGCAGUAGAGAAUCUGUAAAAAAAAAAAAAGGCAAACACCAUAUUCUUAAUCUGAUGCUACCACCAAAGCGGAUAUACCACAGAAUAUAAAUGUGUGCUUUUGUAGCCUCUUAUAGCAUGGACUAAUAUGUAAUAUGUAUGGAAAACGGUCUAAAUAUAAAGUCUGAACUAAAUCUUA